UGCAGUAUAAAUCCACAGCCCAACCUAACCCUCCGGAGCCCUUCCGCGCAGAAGCCGUAGAGACCACUCGAGCUCUCCGCCGCCGCCGCCGCCGCAACAGCUCCUCCUCGGGCUCUCUCCCUCCCGGAUCCAGGAUGAAGUUCGUUGCAUCCUAUCUGCUUGCUGUCCUCUCUGGCAACUCCAGCCCCUCUGCGGAGGAUUUGACUGCUAUUCUGGAGUCAGUUGGCUGUGAAAUUGACAAUGAAAAGAUGGAACUCCUGCUGUCCCAGCUGAGUGGUAAGGACAUUACCGAGCUUAUUGCUGCUGGUAGGGAGAAGUUCGCUUCUGUCCCUUGUGGUGGUGGCGGCGGUGUAGCUGUUGCAGCUGCCCCAGCUGCUGCUGGUGCUGGGGCUGCUCCUGCAGCUGAGGCAAAGAAAGAAGAGAAGGUGGAGGAGAAGGAAGAGAGUGAUGAUGACAUGGGCUUCAGCCUCUUCGACUAAGUUCUGCAGUCAUCAGAGUCAAAUCUUUGGGCAGGAAAACCGCUAUCAUGAUGUUUGGAUUUUAACCUUGUUUUAGAAUUUGGAAAACCCUGGUCUUGAUUUGUAGUAAUUCAGACGUCUUGAUUUGUAGUAAUUCAGACGUAGGUUAUGCUGGUUGGUUUACUGGUGAACCAAAGUUUUGCUAUCCUUUUUCGAUGCUUUAUUAAGAAUAGAUUACCGCAUCAAAAUUUCA